AUGUCAACGAAUGACUAAUCUGCUAUGGUUGUACUGUAAAGUAUCUAUCUCGGAGAUUAAUCAGCUAUGAUUAAGUCAAGCAAAAGAAUCAUUACAAAAGUUAAUAAAAAGAACCGGAGUGAGCAUAUAUCAAUCCAUAAUGAGAAGUAAAUUCCUCAUUAAUAAAUAUUGAAUGGCAAAUAAGUUAAAAAAGCUCUUAAGUUGCCUUACUUUAAUUAGCUUCAUAACAUUAACUUCACUUAAAACGUAAGUUAAAAUAGUCAGAAAGAUUAGCAGGGUCAUAUAGCCACUGGAAGUAGCAAUAAUUCGAAUCAUCAUAGUCAUACUCAUAGCACUCAUACGAAUGGAAAUCUUGAUAUCACAAAAACAUAAGCAUACAGACAGAUUUAAGCACUACUCUAAAAAUAGAACUAGCCAGCAAAUAAUUAACCAUAAAUUGACGUGAAUUUCUAGGAUUUAUACCAAAUGCAAAAUACAGAUUCAAUAUAAUAGAAGAGAAAGCAAAGACCCUCAAACUAAAAAAUGUCUCCCUAUUAAUUUCAUCACAUUAAAUACAAUAAUCAUAAACUCUCAUAAGAAGAGGAAAAGUUGCUGAAAGAAUAUCAGUAGUUCUUUUCUAAAAUUGGCAUAAAUAUUAAAAAUGAGCCUUCAUAGGAAAUAAAAACGAUGUUACUGAAUUAAAGAAAGAUAUUUAACGAAUCUCAGAUAAAUGAGCAAAUGCUGAGUACUUAGAUUAAAAGUCAAAAUGAAUUUCUGAAUAGCUAAAUACUGAAACCACCCCAAGCCCCAAAGAAGUAUUUUAAUACUACUUUUUUCAACUCAACUGCGAAGGUCAAUUCUUCAUCACCUUUCAAGUAAAUAAGAGAAUUAACCAAUGUGACAGCAUCUUCUAUUAUGAAGCCUCUUCCGACUGAAGUUAGAGAGGCUAGGAUUGUAAUCCUAAAUAAACCGUUCACUCACCACAAGAAUCAUCCUAUAAAUUUGCUACUGAAGUAAAUUAAUCAAUUUUGUACAUUGACUUUAGCAAAAGUACAAAAUGCGUCAUAGAUAAAAAAUAUCACAUUUGACCAAGCACUUAUAACUAAUCUGUCUAAGUAAUUAGGGAUAGAGUUACCGAAGAAUCAGUUUCUUAAUGUACAGCUUUUUAAGUCAAAAAACUUUAAUGUCUAUUGCAAAGAAGUUAUACUUAAGAAAUUGUUUGUAGCAGUUAAUGAAUCAAAUUAAGUAGAAUUGAAUUUUGAAAGAAGUUAGUUUCAAUUCUAUAAAGGCUUUAUUGGUAAAGGAAAUAACGCAGCUCUGAUAAUACAACUUUUUAAGAAUAACCGUUGGUGGUGGAACAUGUAUCAGAGUCUUUAGUUCACACAAGAUGGAGAGAUGAUACUACCAAACAAUUAUAAGGAUGCCUCAAGCAUGAACUUGAAUCUUCAUAAGGAAGAUUUUAAGGAGCAUAACUUUAUUUGGACUUAGUGGAAAAAGCAUAGGCAUUUCAGUUACCUUAAGCCUACUGUAUCAAUGUCUAAAACAGAAACUAAAUUCAAUCCUAAGAUAACUCAGAGCUAAACAGAGGGAUUAUUAUAUAGGUAAGGUAACCUUUCAAAUGACUUUAGAGUCUAUGCGAAAUUAGAAAACAACUUUCACUUGUCGAAUAAAUGUGCAUUAUUUUAUAACAUGAAAAGAUAUUAUGAAGCUAUUGGAAGAGAUCCCUUUGAAGUGAUACCCUUAACUUUUCAUGUGAAGAAGGGUACUGAUGAUUUGGAGUUUUAUAGAUUUUUGGAUUAUUUCAAAGAAAUAGAACUUGAAAUAGAAUAAUUGAAAAUUUCAAGAGCAAGUGCUAGAAGUUAACUGAGAGAGUAGCCUCAUAUCAUAGUAAACGAAAGAACUCAAUUUAAAAGAAAAAUAAAAAGGAAGAGAGUCGGUUCGAAUAAUCUCUCUCCUAGAAAUUAAUCACCACAGCUUGAUGAGAAUCGAUUAGUUAAUCAAAGUAGAUUGCAAACUCCGAAAGACUAAAUAAAGCUCAAAGAAUCCAUUGAUAAUCAGGUAUUCUCAACUAGAUUUCAAUCUCUUGACAAAACUAAUUUAGAUGCCUUUAGUCGCAAAACGCAUCUUGAGUCAUUCACUAAGUUUCCAGCUAUAUUAGCUAAUCACUCAUCCAACCUGCCAAAUCAAUAAAACACGCAGCAUAGUAACCUUCUCAAUUAAAUAAACAAGCAAUCUGAGACUAAGCUUCAAUUCAGCGCUAAAAAGGAUAUAAGGAGAAAGCCUAGAAAUAUAUGGAUCAUAAAACCUGGCGAGAAUACUAAUAGAGGCAAUGGUAUUACUGUUUGUUCUAAGAUAAAUGAAAUUAAAGCAAUAUUAAAUACCAAUUCGUUCGAUUACUCUCGUACGUUUAUCAUUCAAAAAUAUAUGGAAUACCCAGCUCUUUAUAAAAAUAGGAAAUUCGAUAUAAGAUGUUACGGAAUGCUCACUUCAGUUAAUGGACACAUAAAAGGAUUUUUCUAUGAAGAAGGGUACAUAAGAACAAGUUCAAGGGAGUAUAAUCUAAAAAAGAUAAACAAUAAGUUAAUACACUUAACAAAUGAUGCAGUGUAGAAGAAGGCUGACGACUAUGGUAAAUACGAAGUUGGUAAUAAAGUCUCAUUCAAGGACUAUCAAACAUACUUAGAAGAAACUCAGCCUGAGUUAUGUAUCGAUUUCUAAAGAGAUAUUUUUUAAUCAUAGAUCAAGCGUAUUAUUACUGAUACCUUCAGAGCAACUUAUAAUUCAAUUGAUCCUAAGAUGAGACAUCAUACAUUCGAAAUAUUUGGCUAUGAUUUCAUGCUGGAUCAUGACUUCAAAGUCCAACUGAUUGAGGUAAAUACAAAUCCUUGCAUCGAAACAUCUUGUCCAGUACUUUAGAGAGUUAUUACAGAGAUGGUUGAUAGUGGACUAAGGAUUGCUUUAGAUCCCCUAUUCCCACCACCAAAUUAUAACAAAAGAGUCAAUUUAGCUCAGAUUCCAAUUACUUAAUGGGAGUUAGUAUACGAUUUAGAUAUAGAUAAAGCAGAGCUAGAUAAAAUCUUUGAAACUUAUGAGUAAAAUCUACUUAAUGGCAACAUUACUGACAUUACAAAUGCUAAUCCAGUUAAAGACUUAGAGUAGGAACUCAUCAAAGAGGAAGAUUAGGAAGAUGACUUUGAUUGA